AUGCUUCGUGCUGCACGCCAGAGCCCCAGGACCGUCCCGCCGCUGCCGCCGGACGCCCUCCGCGGCCUCUACGCCUGGCUGGACAGACUCCCGCUCAGUCGCCCCAAGCGCCACUUGGCCCGAGACUUCAGCGACGGCGUGAUGAUGGCUGAGAUUGUGAAGCACUUCCACCCCCAGCUUGUGGACCUGCACAACUAUGUCCCCACCUGCAACACGGAUCAGAAGCUCAGCAACUGGAGCACCCUCAACAGGAAAGUCUUUCACAAGCUGCAUUUCUGCGUCUCGGAGGCUGACAUCCGCAAGGUGGUGGCCAACACACCUGGGGCCGUGGAACCCAUCCUGUGGGCACUGAGGGCGAAGGUGGAGGAGGGCACACUGGGCGGGAGCCCACCCUCUGAGGCGGGUCCAGGACGCUGCAGCCCUGGUGCGGACGGUCCGUGGGCAAAGCUCACUGGCCACAGGUGCACAGCAGGACCAUCGAGUCCCCUAGUGCUCUGCGACGGGAAAAGCCCUCUGAGUCAGCGGCCCCCGGAGGAGAUGAGCUGCACUUGCCCAGGUCAGGACAUGGGUGACCUUGGGGUCCAGAAGGUGCUGGAGAACAAGGAGCAGGCACUGGCCAUCCUGCAGGAGACGGUGAAGAUUUUGCAGAUGAAGGUGGCCCGGUUGGAGCAGCUGGUGAAGCUGAAGGACCUGAGGAUCCGAGAGCUGGCGGGACACGCAGACAAGGCCCAGUGACAGAGCGGGUCAGCCUCGGAGGAGGGAGGACCGGGGGACCUCAAGCUUGAGCCGACUGUGGGGACCCACCCCCAACAUCCAGAGCAGGGGCAUCUGUGUGCAAAGCUCUGCUUGGCCCAGCACAGGGAUUUUCACAAAUGGUGGGGUCUUGAUGUUAGGCCCCCAAGGCCAAUUCUGGUUCUCUGCA